AAACAACAUUUGCCUGAAUAAAUAGUUAAAUCAUUGCAUAAAACGAGCCAUCAUUGCCUUGUUUUUCCCCUUCAGCGUUAGCAUAGCAGCCUCCCUGACAGCACAGUCCUGCGCGUACGUACUAGACUCUACUCGUGUAUUCCUGCGCAGAGGGGUUGUGCUUUUUUGGAGGGAGGAGGGGUGAGGAGCGUAAACUGAAACCCAAAAUAUUCACGAACACCUUAAGGGGCAUUAAACUGCAUGUUUUGGAAACAUCGUUUCUUGUCAACCCCAAACGCCCGGGUGCUCGGGAUGUUUGUCCGCAUCGACUCGUGGCACGAUGUGCCUGAGAGGGGACUAUUUUGCGAGAGCGCGGAAGCCUCGCGCGACAUGCCGGUUCUGCUUUCCGUGUGUGUUGGGUGAAUGGAGGCGCAGCUCUUCCUGGUGAACAAACGCUAACAACUGUAGGGCAGCCUAGCGAUACCCGCUUCCCAGAACGGCCACACACUCCUUCUCCUUCACCCCCAAAACAACCCUAAACAUGGCUGCUGAGUGUAAACACAUCGCGCAAUUGAAAUCCGAACUGUACUUCCUAAUAGCCCGGUUUUUAGAAGCUGGACCUUGUCAGGACGCGGCAGAGACCUUGAUACGGGAGGUUCAGGAGAAGGAGCUGUUACCUAAAAGGGUUGACUGGACUGGCAAAGAACACCCAGGGAGUUACGAAAAUUUGGUCAAAUUAUACAGGCACAUUUCUCCAGAUCACCUGUUGCAGGUGUGUGAGCGAGUGAGUCCUCUUUUAGAGAGAGAAGUGCCAGCCAGCGUACCUGGAGUCAAUUCACUUCUGGGAGCUGGACGCCAGUCAGUGCUACGCACGAACAAGAGUUGUAAGCACGUGGUAUGGAAGGGGUCCGCCCUCGCAGCUCUGCACUGUGGCAGGCCACCCGAGCCACCAGUCAUCUAUGGAAACCCGCCCAAUAUUGUGGAAACAAUAUACAGUCGGAGACUGAAUGGCUCAUAUCGGUUGGGUCAGCUGGUCCCUACAGCUGUUUACCAACAUAUGAAGAUGCACAAGAGAAUUCUGGGACACCUGUCAUCUGUGUACUGUGUCACCUUCGACCGCACCGGUCGCCGAAUCUUCACAGGUUCGGACGACUGUUUGGUGAAGAUCUGGGCGACGGAUAAUGGGCGUUUGCUGGCGACACUGAGAGGUCAUGCGGCAGAGAUUUCUGACAUGGCUGUGAAUUAUGAGAACACCCUGCUGGCAGCCGGCAGCUGUGAUAAAAUGAUCAGAGUGUGGUGCCUGCAGACCUGCGCCCCGCUGGCAGUACUGGAGGGCCACGCGGCAUCCAUCACAUCAUUACAGUUUUCUCCUCUGUGCAGUGGUAAUAGGAGGUUCCUGUCCUCCACUGGAGCUGAUGGCACCAUCUGUUUCUGGCAGUGGGACGCACGCACGCUCAAAUUCGGGCAGCGACCCAGCAAAUUCAUCGAGCGGCCCAGACCAGGCGUGCAGAUGAUCUGUUCCUCUUUUAGUGCCGGUGGCAUGUUCCUCGCGACAGGCAGCACUGAUCACAUCAUUAGGGUUUAUUACUUUGGAGAUGGACAACCAGAGAAGAUAUCUGAGCUGGAGUCUCACACUGAUAAAGUCGACAGCAUCCAGUUCUCCCAUAGUGGUGAUCGGUUUGUGAGUGGCAGUAGAGACGGCACAGCGCGGGUAUGGCAGCUGCAGCAGCAGGACUGGCGAAGCAUUCUCCUGGACAUGGCCACUAAACUACCUGGCAAGUACAACCCUCCACCUUUAGAGGACAAAGUUACCAAACUGAAGGUGACUAUGGUGGCCUGGGAUUGCAAUGACAGCACAGUCAUUACCGCUGCGAACAACUUGACAUUGAAAGUGUGGAACUCUUACACAGGGAACCUUAUUCAUGUGUUGAUGGGCCACGAGGAUGAGGUGUUUGUGUUGGAGCCACAUCCAUUUGAUUCUAGAGUUCUUUUCUCUGCUGGGCAUGAUGGGAACGCAAUCGUCUGGGAUCUGGCAAGAGGAGUCAAAAUACGCUCUUACUUUAACAUGAUCGAGGGUCAGGGCCACGGUGCGGUCUUUGACUGUAAGUGCUCUCCAGAUGGGCAGCAUUUCGCUUGCACAGACUCCCACGGUCACCUGCUCAUCUUUGGCUUCGGCUCUAGCAGCAGAUACGACAAAAUAGCAGAUCAGAUGUUCUUCCACACUGAUUAUCGGCCGCUUAUUCGUGACGCCCAUAACUUCGUGCUGGACGAACAGACCCAGCAGGCACCUCACCUAAUGCCACCGCCAUUCCUGGUGGAUGUGGAUGGGAAUCCUCACCCUCCACGCUACCAGAGACUGGUUCCAGGCAGAGAGAAUUGUAGAGAGGAACAGCUCAUACCCCAGAUGGGGCUCACAUCAUCAGGGCUGAAUCAGGUGGUUAGUCAGCAGGCUCCAGAAGGCUCUAGUCCUCUUGAUAGUAUGAUCCAGAGACUACAGCAAGAGCAGGACCAGAGGCUGGGUUCUGACAGCAGAGCAAACAGAGGAUCCGUCAGUUCUCCCACAGAAGUCACUUCUCCUCCCAAUGUGGGUCUGAGACGCAGUGGACAGAUCGAAGGUGUUCGCCAGAUGCACAGUAAUGCUCCACGCAGUGAGAUCGCCACUGCGAGAGACCUGGUAGCCAUGAGUCGACGUGUUCUUGUUCCUGAACUAUCACCAGCUGAAGCAUGUAAGCAGGAGAUCUGGCGUACAGCUAAAGGAGAGGAGGAAAUCAGCAUCUACAGAUCAGAAAGGAGGAGACGCAGCAUACACAGCCAGUACCACAGAGAAAACCGGCAUGCUAUAGAAAAUUCUGUAGAGGAGGGGCGUCGUUACCAGGGUAACCAGCAUAACUACCAUACACGAUUGGCCGUGGAGGAAACGAGUCGUCAGAGUGAACCCAACGAGGAAGAGCACAGUGCCUCUGAGGGUGAAACCGAAGCAAGACCUCCAAGCAGAGAAUCAUCAGACGAGGAGAGAGAGGAAAAAGAACCCUGGCCUGAUGAUAACAGCAGCUCCAGCGAUUACUCCAGCGAUUACUCAGACUGGACAGCAGAUGCUGGAAUAAACCUCGAACCGCCCAAGAAGACCAGCAUGAAGAAAAAGAAGAAGAAUGCCAGCAGCUCAGAAGAAGAUGGAGAGAAGAAAAAAGACUCCAAGAAGGAGAGGAGAAAAGAAAAGCAAGACAAAGAUGGAGCACUACCAAAGAAGAAGAAGAAGCCAAAGGAGAAACGGAAGAGAAUGCCUGGACUGCAGAACAAGGGUUUGACAUUAGAGGAAUGGCUGCCUUCUGCCUGGAUCACUGACACCAUGCCACGGAGAUGCCCCUUCACCCCACAGAUGGGCGAUGAGGUAUAUUAUUUUCGCCAAGGCCAUGAAGCUUAUGUGGAGAUGGCCAAAAAAAACAAGAUCUUCAGUAUAAAUCCUAAAAAACAGCCCUGGCAGAAGUUAGAGCUCAGGGAGCAGGAGCUGUUGAAGAUAGUGGGCAUUAAGUACGAGGUGGGUUUGCCUACUCUGUGCUGUCUGAAGCUGGCCUUCCUGGACCCAGACACUGGCAAACUGACAGGCGGCUCGUUCUCCAUGAAAUACCACGACAUGCCUGAUGUCAUCGACUUCCUGGUACUUCGGCAGCAGUUUGAUAAUGCAAGACAGAGGAACUGGAUGAUAGGUGAUCGUUUCCGGGCAGUGAUAGACGAUGCCUGGUGGUUUGGUACGAUUGAGAGUCAGGAGCCUUACCAGGCCGAAUAUCCCGACUCUCUGUUCCAGUGCUACAAUGUCUGCUGGGAUAAUGGAGAUACGGAAAAGAUGAGCCCAUGGGACAUGGAGGAGAUUCCCAAUGAAGCAGCAUUUCCUGACGAGUUAGGUCUGAGUGUGCCUCUGACUGAGGAGGAGCAGAAGGCCUUAUUGUACAAGCCCCUAGAAGGAGAGUGGGGCUCACGCACACGUGACCAAGAGUGUGAACGCAUCAUCAGGGGCAUCGACCAGCUUUGCACUUUGGAUGUGGCCGUACCAUUUGAACUGCCAGUGGACUUGCAGGCAUAUCCAACAUAUUGCACCGUAGUUGCUUACGUCACAGAUCUGAGCACCAUCCGACAAAGACUACAGAACCGUUUCUAUAGGCGAAUGUCAUCGUUGAUGUGGGAGGUACGCUACAUCGAACACAACGCUCAAACCUUCAAUGAACCAGGCGCAUUCAUUGUUAAAACUGCCAAAUUCGUAUCUGACCUCAUGCUACAAUUUAUCAAGGACCAAAGCUAUACAGAUAUUAUUCCACUGUAUAACAGUAUGAAGAAAAACACUUUCUCAGAUUCAAGCGAUGAUGAAGAUGAGGAUGAAGAACAAGAGGCACCUUGUACAUCUAGCCGCAAUAAGAAGAGGCGGCAGCAGCAGCCAAUCCUGAGGAGUCUGCGCAGUAAACCAUCAUCAGACCCUCAGAGCUGGAAGGGGCGCUGCAGAGAACUGCUGGAGCUUAUCUUUCAGUGUGAAGAUUCAGAGCCUUUUAGACAGCCUGUGGAUCUGGAGGAGUAUCCGGACUAUUUGGACAUUGUGGACACUCCUAUGGACUUUGGGACUGUCUUGAACCGCCUGCUAGAAGGAGAGUAUGACACUCCCAUGGAUCUUUGUAAAGAUGUACGUCUCAUCUUCAGCAACUCCAAAGCCUAUACACCCAGCAAAAAGUCCAGGAUCUAUAGCAUGAGUCUGCGAUUGUCCGCUCUGUUUGAAGAGCAUAUCAGUUCGAUUCUGACCGAUUUUAAAGCUGCUCAAAGUCUGCACAGUGAGCGAUUCACCCGUCAGCGGCUGCACACAGAGCGUUUGACCAGACAGUCUGUGAAGAGGAGGAAGAGCUCUUCACCUUCAAGCUCCGCCUCUAGUCCAGAGAGGAAGCGGCGGGUUUCAUCUCGCGCUCCUCCUCGAUCGAACAGUGCAGCUCCGCCCACUCCUGCUGGACCUUCCCGGGCUUCUUCUUUACGGCAAACACAUCCACAAAUCAACGGCAAGGCUGAGCCUCCUGUUGUCCCAGGUCGGACGCGUAGCUCGGCCCGCUUUGGAACCCAGCCUGCAGACGCACCUUCUACACAGUCAGCUCCUCCCCCUCCACCCACCCACAGUAAGGCAGCAGAGCCCUCCUCUAGAGUCCUACGCACCCAGAACUCUCACUCAAUCGGUGUCUCCAGAGAAACCAAGAGCUCUGCAGUUCCCCACACAAACGAGGGCGGGGCCAGAGAGUCUCGCAGGAAACUUCGAACACCUGUAAAACUCACACUAGGUCCAGUCGAUCCCAACUCUUCUCCUCAAAAUACUUUGCAUUUGAAUGGUCAUAGUCAAGUGACUCUGGGAGUGGUACGAAGAGGUCGGGGCAGACCCAGAUUAGACGCACAAAUACAAACGCCAGUAGUGGUACCGCCGCCCCCACUGUCCCAGGCCUCUGGAAAAAAGAGAGGGAGGAAAAGCAAGAAAGAACUGGAGUCCCUACGAAGAAGCUCCUCCCACGAGGAGGAAAUUCUUCUGUCUACUGGUGAUGAGUGCGGGGCUUCUUCUACAGCCCAGGACAGUAGUCUUUCAGAUUCUGGCAUAGUGACUCCAGAGUGUCCAAAACCACGAGGUAGACCACGAGUCAUCAGGACGCCAGAUACCCCAGCUCCUUCAAGCCCCAAAUCACUCAGAAGGAGCAGUCGGCGUGGCAACGAAGAAACCACGCCCCCGACACCAGGCCCCGCCCUAAGGGAGGAGCCUGACAUUUAUAUGGGAGAGGAUGAGAGCUCAAAAGGACAGAUGAGAACGCGUAACCAGGGUCGAAGGACAGCUUUCUAUAACGAAGAAGACUCUGAGGAAGAGCAAAGACAGCUUUUGUUUGAGGAUGCCUCGAUUACUUUCGGCACGUCAAGCAAAGGGAGAGUCCGCAAGCUCACAGAGAAGGCCAAAGCCAACCUUAUUGGCUGGUAACAAUGCCAACUUUGCAUGUCCUAUACGACACAACCCCUUAUCCUCGCCCCACUGGAGAGGGGAAACCAUUCCUGCUGCUAUCAGAUUCAUGAUUAUCUGAAUCUUUCUUUCGGACUCUCUAAAUAGAUUCUUACGGUUUGAAUCUUUGACUCUUUUGGUGACUUCGAGUCACAGCCCCUUGAAAUCCCCUGAUAAAAUCACCUGAUACAAUUUCUUCCACUGAAAAAUCACAAAUGCAGUUAAAUACUUAUUUUCAUAUGCACUAUUUCAAUGCCAGUGAAAAAAAGGUACUUAUACAGUCUUAUGAAUCCAAAUACCUGAUUUCAUCUCUCAAGAAAGCACUUGUCUGAGUGUGUGUGAGUGUGAAAUAACUUAACUUUUACUUUGUCUUGUUUCUUUAAACUGUUAAUUUUAUGCAUUGUUUUUACACGGCUGUUGCUAAGGGCAACAAAUCAAACACUUGUUCAGAAAAAAAAUCUAUUUUUAACAGAUCAUUGUGGAAGUGGCAGUAAAGCAGUAGUGGAGUGCAUCAUAAAUCACGUGUUGUCUUUUUAACGUCUUUCUCUGCAAGUCAAGAUCAGUGGCAGUGGUAAUUCACGCAUGUUUUUAUAUAAUUAGCAAUACCUUGUGCCUUUUCAUACAUUCAGUACAUUCUGGUUCCUUUGUACUCCCCAAGUUAUGAGAGAGAGUGUGUUUGAUGCUUUAUUGCAUUGAUUUAUCCAGUACAAAUGUGUGUUAUUGAUCUGUUGCUGGGAUACAGAUUAGUGAGCAGCAUAUCUAGCCAUGACCACUCUGUGUUUGUGUGUGUGUGUGUGUGUGUGUGUGUGUGUGUGUGUGUGUGUGCACUCACGUGUAUGUUGAUUCAUGCAGUUGUUGAGGGGUGAUAGUGACAUCAUCACUCCAUGCCUGUUUUAUCUGGCUCCCUGUGAUCCCAAUGCACUGUGAUCCCUAACUAGAACCAUGACUUAUAAACAGUGGCCACAAAAAGUGUUUGGACACUUAAACCAGUUAAAAUGUGUGAAUGUCAUUGCAUUAGACUAGAGAAUAAAAAAAUAUCAAACCAGGUGGCUUUUGCAAACAAAUUAUGGUAGAGAUUUUCUCAGAACUAACUUUUUUUUUUAAAUAUGGCUGAAAAUAUAUAUCCAUUUGAAAAUUAUGUGACAUUAUAUUAAUGAUGAAUAAUUAUUAAUUUCAAAUUAUUAUUGUUUUUUUUUUAUCUCAAAAUUAAUGCAAGUGAAUGCAAAACAUUUUAACUGAUUUUAACACGACUCGUCAAACAAGCAGCAUUUUCAUUUGGGUCUUUUUUUUUCUUACCAAGGCUGUGCUUAUGAUGAAAAAUACAGUAAAAACUGAAAUAUUUUGAAAUGUUAUAAAAAUUUUAAAUAACUGUUUUCUAUUUGAAUAUAUAUAUUUAAAAACACAUUUAUUCCUGUGAUGGCAAAGCUGAAUUUCAGCAACUAUUAAUUCAGUUAUCCUUCAGAAAUCAUUGAAAUAUGCUGAUUGGUGUUCAAGAAACAUUUCUUCUUAUUAUUAUUAAUCACUGAUAACUGUUGUGCUGCUUACUAUUUUUGUGGAAGCUGUGAUACAGUUUUAAAAUUUCGGGAUUGUUUGAUGAAUAGAAAGUUAAAAUAAACAGCAUUUACUUGAAAUAGAAAUCUUCUGUAACUAAAUUUCUUCACUGUCACCUUUGAUCCAUUUACUGAACAGAAGUAUUAAUGUCUUGAAAAUAUAUUAUUUUAAAUAUAACAUUCAAAAGAUAGUGUACAAUUGAUUGUAACUAUUUGAUUUAUUUAUUAAAAACAUUUUGUUUAGCUUUUAAUCAAGUGGUCAAAAGGUGAUUAUUCUUUUAGUUAUUUAAAUUUUUUGGGAUAUUUUCCAUAAGUUUAUGCAGGUGUCCUAACAGAGCAACCACAGUAAUUAAUCGCAUUAAACACCCCGCAAUGAAUGUAUCCAACCAAUUUCUGUGAAGUAUUUUGCUUUUAUGGUUGCUUUCUACUAAAGUGCUUUCUACUUAGUUUGAUAUUUUGAUAUUUAAUGCAAUGACAUUCAUAUUUUAAGGCAUUUCUCAUGUAUUCGAUUACUUUUGAUGCCACUGUUUGAUGCUCAUUCAAACCACUUUUGACAGUGAUUGUGUGCAUGUGUAGCCAAGUUCAUUGCCUCACUGUCUCAGCACUGUACCUGUAGAUUCAUGUAGCUCAGUGAGCAGGACUCUUUCUCUGUAUUAACUAAACUCGUUCAGUUACUGUGGAACUGCUCAUUCCAUUAGCAGAGAGGACUUUGUUUUUGCCCAAUCACAUUGAAACACUGUGUUUGAUAUUUCCCGUUCUGAUGCAUCGACUCGGCUCGAGUAGAAACUGCAGGGCAGCGAAUCACACAAGAGGCAGUGUGCAUGUUGUGUUCUGUGUUUUGAAUGUGCCUUGACUUUUUGUGUGUAUGUAGGCCUACGUGUCUGUGAUGUAAAACUGAAGAAUUAAGGUAUUGUAUCCCACCUUGAAGUCUGGACUCACAUAUGCAGCAUAGUCUCUUUUAUAAGAGCUGGACGUGAUUUUGUCGGUUCUUGCGUACUUUUCAGCAGUUGUGGUCUGGGUCACCCAUUACAACAGAGCUAAUCCAGCCCAUAGCUUUAAAACUGGUUUGAUGAACCAAAGCCUUUGAAUGAGUGUGUGGUUGUGGAAGUUUAUGUAUGAGACUGUUGGAUGGGAAUGUAUGUGGCUGUUUUAUAUGCAGUUGAUGCAUGUCUGAGACUCUCGAGUGUAUGUGAUGGCCAUUUCUGUUUGUAUGUUUAUGUACAAACCCCAUGUUUUAUUGAGCUGUUGUUUAUAAUCUGUUGCUACAUGAAAACUGUAUUGUAUCUGACUCACGACCCCUCUAUUGCCACCAUCUCACAUCUCACGAACUGAUUGACAGGUUUUAGAGUGAAGAUCAAAGAUGGAUGCAUGUUAGUAUAUUCUCCGGGCUUUUAAAUCUGAAGGUACAGUCAUGUUUGUGGGGUCAGGGUCUUUUUUCCCCUCUCUGGUCUUAUAUCCUCAGACUGAGAGGUCUUUCUAUGUUAGUUUGUAUACUUUUAUAUAAAGGAAAAAGUGUAAAUAAAGACGUUAAAUAGAAUGUAUGUGUAGGGUGUACUGCUGUCACAUUAGUUCAUACUGAUAUUUUAAGGAAAUAAAACAUUUGUGUUUCCGCA